AAACCAAUAAACAGUCCUUUCUUUCUCAGUGAAGCACAUGACAAACCCCAGACUUCCAAAUAGCGUAAAUGGUCAGUAUGUGUGGUGGGGGAAAGGGGUUGUGUUUCCAUAGAUACCAUUACUUUUAUUUUAUCAGUUUGUCUCCCUGGAAACAAGAGGCAGGCUUGACUACAUCAGUCCUCCCUCUGGCACUCCAUACACUAGUAUUCAGAGAGCACACAGAGCAUUAGGGGUUUGGCACACAGGGAUAUGACACCGCCAAUAAGUGGAACUGGCAAGAAGUUUAGUCCUUCAGCUUCACACAACCAGAAGAGUGGCUGUGUCAGUGCUUUCAGCCAGAAAAGAGGCAGCAGCCUGAAAGACACUCCAGUGCUGUGCAAAGGAGGAGUCUGUUAGCUACAAAAGAAACUUGAACAGUGCAAUUGUUUUAACUUGCUGACAGACGGGAUCCUCAGUGCAGCAUUUGUGCAUGGGAUCUGGGCUGAGCGGAGGGAUUACAAACUGGAAAGUGGCUACACAAAAUACCCGAUGAAGGACAGCAUUUAGAAAAGAAGUGAAAUUCUGUCUGGAAGGGACUCUUAGAUUUAAGUGAUUUCUGUGCUCUUGACUAAGCCAACGUAGUGAAGGAUCUUUUCUCCAGCAUCUCUUCCCUACUCAGAGCAUGCCUCUUUCUUCCAAGAUGAACAGAUCAUUGCCCCAGCUAAACUCUUCUGGUAGUGGUGAGAGCAACAGUUGGCAGCUGGUGUCCAUCAUAAUCCCCCUUGUGUAUGCUCUGAUUUUCCUAGUAGGCACGGUGGGCAACUCUCUGGUGCUGGCAGUGCUGCUGAGGAAUGGGCAAGUCAACAAUACCACCAAUCUCUUCAUCCUCAAUCUGGGAGUGGCCGAUCUAUGCUUUAUUGUCUUCUGCGUGCCCUUCCAGGCCACCAUCUACACUCUGGAUGACUGGAUCUUUGGGUCGCUCAUGUGCAAAGCAGUGCAUUUCUUCAUCUACCUGACCAUGUAUGCCAGCAGCUUCACCCUCACGACUGUAUCCUUGGACAGGUAUUGGGCCAUAAGGUACCCUCUGCAUUCAAGAGAACUAAGAACCCCCAGGAAUGCUCUCGCAGCCAUUUGCCUCAUCUGGGGUCUUUCCUUCAUCUUCUCUGGACCUUAUAUCAGUUACUACCAGGAGUUCCAGAUAGCCAACGUUACUGUUUGCCAUCCCAGUUGGAAAAGCUCUCAGCGCAAAAUUAUGGACCUUUGCACGUUUGUCUUCAGUUAUGUCAUUCCGGUGUUGAUCCUGAGCCUCACCUAUCUGAGGACCAUCCGUUAUCUCUGGACAUCUGUGGACCCCAUUAAAGACGUGUCUGAUUCUAAGAAGGGCAAGCGCAAGGUCACUCGGAUGAUCAUCAUUGUGGCCGUCCUCUUCUGUCUCUGCUGGCUGCCUCAUCAUCUGGUUAUCCUCUGUUUUUGGUUUGGCUACUUCCCACUAAACAAUGCUACCUACGUGCUUAGGAUCCUCUCUCACCUGAUUUCAUAUGCCAACUCCUGUGUCAACCCCAUUGUCUAUGCCCUGGUAUCCAAGCAUUUCCGUAAGGGAUUCAAGAAAAUCUUCAGCUGCAUCUUGCGCAAGAGAGUGACCAACAAAGUCCUUGUGGCACAGGUGACCCACACAGUUAGUACCUUGGAAGCAGAUCUGACAGAGGUUAUACAUGUCAGUGAGCCCUCACAUGCCAGGGCCUCCAGUUGCUGCCAGAUCCCUAUCCAGACAUGGGCUGAGACAGAGCAGCUGAGUCGCCAAGAGAAAGUUGCCAAUUCUUCCAUCACUUUCAACGUUACUUAGAGCAGUGCCUCUAUUCUGGGGCAGUAGGCUCUAAUCAAAGGAUGAAUCCUUGAGCACAGUGAUGGUUGCAUCAAAGGAUACAUGGAUUUAAGAACAUAAGAUGGGAUUUAAGAACAUAAGAACUGCCAGACAGUUCAAGCUAACAAUCCAUAUACUUCAUUGUCUAUUGCUCCCCAAAGUAGCCUGUGCCAGAAGUUAGUGUAUUGUGGAAGACUCUACACAGGAAGGGUAGGUUGAGACAUCAAACAUUCACAGAAGAUUUGCAGGACAUCUGAGUGUGAGAUGCUGUUAGUGCCAUUUUAGGUAAAAGCACCGGAAGUUUUUUUGGCACUGGAGCUAUGUGGCCAAAGGGACAAAAAGGAAGAUGGCAGCCAAAACUAGAGAAUGUAAUGACAGACUAUUCUGUUCAGGACUUGAAGGCUUGAGCCAGGAGCUUCUGGAACCAGAACCUAGUGUGAUGAGUGACCAGGGACUGUGUGUGAUCAGGCCUUAGACCCCUCUUCAGGUUCACAAGGGAAUGGACAUAUACAACAGCUCCUGCAAUUGAUAGGCAUUAUGAAUUUUCAAGAUUGGAUAGGUUUUGUAAAAGUGAGAGAGGAGAGCUGGUCUUGUGGAAGCAAGCAUGACUUGUUCCCUUAGCUAAGCAGGGUCUUCCCUGGUUAUAUAUGAAUGGGAGACUUGAUGUGUGAGCACUGUAAGGUAUUCCCUUGAGGGCAUGCAGCUGCUCUGGGAAGAGCAUCUAGGUUCCAAGUUCCCUCCCUGGUAUCUCUAAGAAAGGGCUGAGAGAGACUCUUUCCUGCAACCUUGGAGAAGCCGCUACCAGUCUGUGUAGACAAUACUGAGCUAGAUGGACCUAUCGUCUGACUCAGCAUAUAACAGCUUCCUACGUUCCUAAGUCUUCAGACCCAAGCAUUCUGAUUGCUGCACUUCAGCUUCCUGCCUCUGGCAUAAGUCACAGACCUAGGGGAGUGCAUCCUCCAAAUCUGGAUUUGGGUCCAAUCAUACAUGUCCCGAGCCUGACCCUGACCCUAAGACAUUCUGAACAAAAAGAGAGGUCUGUGGGUGGGUUUAGGAAUCCUUAGUCUUAUCCGUAGAUUCUUUACCUAAAGAACUGUGAUCUGUCCAUGGAAAUUAUUUGGAUUGACCAUCCUCGUUGAAUAAUGGUAGAUAGUAGGGCUAUGCACACAACUGCCAGGUGGGCAGCGGGGAAGGCAGUGCUAAGGAUGCAUUGAUGUAAGAGCAUCAGAUGGGAUUUAAAAAACAUAAGAUCUGCCAAAUAGGUCAAGCUAACAAUCCAUAUACUUCAUUGUCCAUUGCUCCCCAAAGUAGCCUGUGCCAGAAGCUAGUGUACUGUGGAAGACUCUACGGGGGAAGGGUAGGUACAUUUCCCCAUGCACGGAUCUUGGUGUUGGAGCAGCGCAGAUCCCCUGAGGCUGGGACAAUGUGUUCCUUCCGGCCUCCAGAUAUCCCACAGUGGAGGAAUGCCCCAGGAGUUGGGUUGCAUGCAGUUUGAGCACCCACAUGACCCUGGCACUGGGGUCAAGGGUGCGCUUGCGCCCUUAACCCUGGCUAAAGGCUGGGGUUAAAAGUAGGGUUGGGUGGGCAGGCAGCACCAGGAUCAGGGACCAUCUUGGUGCUGCACAUGAGCAGUCUAACCCAGGUUGGUUCUGACUCAGCCUGGGUUAGGCUGCUCAUGUGAACAGCCUUAACAACAGACGCUUUUUGUCCUUGUAUAAUAAAAUGUUGCCAAUAUGUGUGAUGCCUUUACUAAAUUGUGUGAACAGCAAACUUCAUUCAUUCAAAUGGCUCAGAAAACAUGCAAGGCAUUUGAAUGAUCUGGAGGUUCUAAAUACUGGGAUGCUGCAUAAGAUUUAAUGUUUAUGAUGACACAAGCUUUUUGGAAUACCUGAAGUUUGGAUAAUGAAGUUUUCAUGGCAAACACCAGAAUAUCAGGAAUGUAGCUAUAGCUGAAAAAGAUGUGGGGCAGGGGUGUAGCUACAAUUGACCGAACUGGUUCAAAAAAUCUUGGCCUCCCAGCUCCUGAGCGCCCCCCAGCCCCACCCCUCCCUAUUUUCUUCAUUAUCUCCUUCACUCCAAGGGGCUGCCAGAGAGAAGGGUGAACAUGGCCCCCCUCUCCCCUAGCUAUGUCCCUGAUGUAGGCUGUGUGGGGCAAAUGUCCUUGGGCCUGGCUGGCAGGCUGAUAGUUUGCUUUUUGCUCUCCCCCUUGUGAUCUCCCCAAAGUGGGCGGGGGGCAGGGGUCCAUCUUCACUUUUUGUCCCAGGGCCCACUCUAGGCUUGCUACAUCCCUGCAGAGUGUAAUUCCAGAUCAUCUGUCUUUAGGAAUUUAAACACAUUGGGGGCAAAGUCCAUGUUUUUAGAUAGGUUUAUAGAGAGCCCAGCACAACAGAAAGUGAAUCUGGCCGCUUGGGCUUGUAGUGCUAAAGGAGAAGAAAUGUUCUAAAGGCAACUUUAUACUUGAAUUGUUUAGGAAAUGUUCUUAAUACAAGGGCAUGUUUUGGAUAUGGUUGGGCUUUUGGAGACAUGUCUGAGCAAAUUUACCUAGAGCAAAUUGCACAGGUUUUCCUCACAGGGUUGUUGUGAGGAUAAACAUAACCAUGUACACCGCUCUGGGCUCCUUGGAGGCAGCUCAGGAUAUCAAUGUAAAAAUAAAAUAAACAAACCAGUAUAAUAAUAUUGCAGAGGGUCACAGCAAAUCUGUGAAUUUAAUUUACAUGGAUAACACAAUUUGCCUAAUUCUGUGUGUGAAUGCCGUAAGAAUGUGGCUGGCUGACAUGUCUUACUUUUACAUGAUGCCAUUUGUACACUUUUCAGCACAAGCUGAUUUAUGUUAUAUUUUGAACACAAAACAACUGAUACCUGUUUACUCUUAAGGCUCAGAAGUAUAUCUAGUUGUCAUUUUGGAGACGGUGAAGAAUGUAGUAAUCAUCUGUUUUAUCUGUUUUUGCAUUGUCUGUCACAGCAGUGAUAGCUCUACUACUGCUGUGCAUUGAAUGUUGUCAAUAAAAGGAAGAGUGGCAUAGAA